UCGAUGUGUAGCCGUGUGUACGUCCCUGGCAUAUCAGGAGUUAAUGUAGUAUGCGGUGCCAAUUCCUCCAUUUCUGUACCUAAAAUAAAUCCAAUCAUGUUGUAAAGGAAACAUCAGCAUUGUUUAUAUUUCUAUUGUUAUCUCUUAAUGGAGACGUAAUCGAUUUGUCUCCGUGUCGAAGCCUUGUCUGCACAGGAUAUUGGUUUUCUUUAAGUUCCUUUUGUUUUAGUAUAAAACCCACCAAAUGCAACAAUGAAAUAUCAGUUGUUUCUCGAAUUUCAUUGUGAUUUACAACUUAGAAUUACCUACUUAACAAUGUUCAACUCUGGUGUUGUGUUUUGUAUUAUUGUUGCGGUGUUCCUAAAGAAUGCUUCGGCAAUAACUGAUGAGCUGAAAGCUCACAUAGAAGCAAAGUUCUUGACAGUCGGAGCAGAAUGUAUCAAAGAACAUCCCUUAACAAUUGAAGACCUGUCUGCAUUUAAGAACAGAGUUUUCCCUGACGGCGAAAAUGCUGGAUGCUUCUCAGCUUGUAUUUUCAACAAACUUGGAUUGUUUGACGAUAAAGGUACUUUGUCCCACCUGACAGCGCUGGAAAACGCUAAGAAAGUAUUUAAAGAUCAAGGAGAGUUGGAAAGUAUUGAGAAAUUUCUCACCACUUGUGCUAAAGUAAACGACGAAGAAGUAUCUGAUGGAGAAAAAGGCUGCGAGAGAGCAAAAUUGGCAUACAACUGCUUCAUUCAAAACUAUGAACAACUCGGAUUCGACCUUGAGUUUUAAAGGAAUCGCGAAGACAAUUCCUCAACUGCUUCCAAUUACCUACACGUGGAUGCACUACAAAUAUUUGCACCCUUAUGUUUAUAUGCAAAAAGGUUUAAUAUAAUAAUGUUAUGUGUUAGAGAGCUAGCAUUAGUAUUACAUCACGGA